UCAUUUCAGUUCGAGUGCUUGGAGACUUCACUUCGCGUUUGGAGGAUCAGAUCCACGUUGGUUUUUGGCUUCAAUUACCCACAACUGUCAUCGUCAGCUCAGCGACUUGCUAACUAAAUAAUAAAAUACCCCCGCGCUCCCCUCCCUCUCUCUCGGUCGUGUUUGUGCGCCCCGCGAGUAAUACGAAAGAAAACGCACAAGGAAAACUGCCAGCGUUCUCCUCGCAGCUGAGAAAAACCGCAGGACGCAGCUCAGCAGCGUCGUCGUGUGCGUUGUGCCAAGAAAAUUAAGAAAAAGAAAAAAUCUUGAAAUAUCGAAUAAAAACCGUAAAGCCACAGUUAACGAAGGAAAACGAGGAAAAGCAACUGCGUCGUGCACCAUUUUGUGAUAUAUUAUUUGUCCUCCUUCCUUCUUCAACGAUCCCUGUGCAAUUCUCUGUAAAGAAAAAUUAAAAUAAUUACUAGCAACCAAUUGAAUUUCUGCGAGACCAAUACAAAAAAAAUAUUUCUAACAACUGUGAUCCGAACAAAGCUCUGAGUUUUUGUUUCAAGCCUGUGUAAUUUCUCCACCCAAAUCGAAUUGAAAAACUCGUACUGCAAUUUUUACGGCAGUCACGAAGCAAAACACAAGCGCAGCCUAAUAAUUGGACGAACUGAUUAAACAACAGUUAAAACAAACCCCGCAAAAACAACGGCGGAUCAACAGUUGCUAGUUGCGAGUCGCAAGUUGCAAGUUGCUAGUUGCACGUUGCCAAUUUGAAAUUGCACGCUUCCACGACUGAGAGCAGGAAGGAAAGGAGUCGCUGCCGCAGCAGGAAGCAGACGAAACUUCGCUGGGCGAAAGUAAAAACAGCUAGGCAAAUCAAGCAAAUUAAACAAAGAAACCGCACACACACACAAAGGCGCUUUAGCCAGCCAUGGAACGUGAAUCCAAUCCAAUGCAACCCAUGUGCCGCUCCGGUUGCGGCUUCUAUGGUAAUCCAGCCACAGAUGGUCUCUGCUCCGUAUGCUAUAAGGACUCGCUUAGAAAAAAGCAACAGCCACCUGUGAGCAGCACACCUGUCUCCGUUCCAAGCCCACAACCUAGCCCCACAUUCAGUCCGGCCAUCGCAAUCACCAACACCGCACAGCCCACAGUCACCAGUUUACAACAGCCACACAACGACUUCAAAGAGAAAAUCACCGAAGAAGCCGCCGCUGCUGCCAAAGUAAACAGCGAAGCCAUCACAUCGGCGACUGGUCCAAACACUUCCACACAAGCAGCCGCCUCCGCCAACGAGGAGGAUGACAAGGACAAGGAAGACGAUAAGGAUGCCAAAAAGAAGAAGAACCGAUGUGGCGAGUGCCGCAAGAAGGUUGGACUGACCGGUUUCCAGUGUCGCUGCGGCGGUCUGUACUGCGCCGUGCACCGUUAUUCUGAUAAACAUAACUGCACAUUCGACUACAGAGAGCACGGCGCACAAGAAAUCCGGCGCAACAAUCCGGUUGUCGUUGGCGAGAAGAUUCAAAAGAUUUGAAUUUCGAUAUUGUGCCAGUAACAGUAACAGUAGCCGUAGAAUGAUAAUAACCAACUACACAUAAUAAGAGUACAUAUAUAUAUAUAAAUGCUGCGCUAUAACAAGAAAUUAACAACCAACAAAGAAAAAAAGAAAAACAAGAAAAAAAAAAGAAAACAGCAGAAAGCAUAAACAUACAACAACACCACACACAACACAAAAACACACAGAGAGUAAUACUAUAUAAAAAUCGAUAUAAACUGUAAUUGUAAUAUAAUUAUAAUGUAAACAGCAGAAGCAAGCAACAAUAGUACAGAGAAACGAUAACCAAAUACCCCGCAAAAAUGCAGCAGCAACAACUGGAACAACAAUUUCGAUGCUCAACAACGUUAAGCUAGCAACGUCCAGCAGCAACAUGCAACAUGCAACAGCAAGCAGCAGCGAGCAGCGUUCAGCAGUUAACACCUUGUACAUCUUGAACCAGACGCGUGACAGCGUUAGCGAGUGCAACAACAAUCACCGCCGCGUUUGUGGGAACCAAACAACAACCGCAGCAUCAUCAACAACAACAACCAGCACAACCGAUUGCCUUGGUCGCCUGCUGAGCUGGGCCGAAAAAAACCGUUUUGAAGAAAACACCAUUCAUCGACGAUUAACGUUGAAAUAUUUUGUUAUUCCAAAUACAAUUUGCAAAUUGUUUGUAUUUAGCUAAAACACGUCAAAUAACACACAGCCACAUUUACAACGACAACAAGCACACAACAAACAACAAAUCUUUGUUUCAUGUUACAUACAACGCAACAACCUUUUAGUAAGACGAUGUGUGUCAUUUGUUUUUGUAAUAUGUUGGAGUGUAUUAAAUAAAAAAAAUAACUAAAUUCGAAGUCCUAAA